AUGGAGAAUUAUAACACAACAUCAACAGAUUUCAUUUUAUUAGGGUUGUUCCCACCAUCAAGAAUUGGCUUGUUUCCCUUUAUUCUCAUCCUUCUCAUUUUCCUAAUGGCUCUGAUUGGCAACUUAUCCAUGAUCCUACUCAUUCUCCUGGACAUCCAUCUCCACACACCCAUGUAUUUUCUACUUAGCCAGCUUUCCCUUAUGGACCUGAGUUACAUCUCCACCACUGUCCCCAAGAUGGCUUUCAAUUUCCUCUCUUCUGACAAGUCCAUCUCCUUCACCGGAUGCGGAGUCCAGAGCUUCUUCUUCUUGACUUUGGCGGUUGCAGAAGCACUUCUCUUGACAUCGAUGGCCUAUGAUCGUUAUGUGGCCAUUUGUUUUCCUCUUCACUAUCCUAUUCGGAUGAGUAAAAGUGUAUGUGUGCUAAUGAUUGUAGGAUCUUGGAUAAUGGGAUCGAUCAAUUCUUGUGCUCAUACAGUAUAUGUUCUCCAUAUCCCCUAUUGUCGAUCCAGAUCUAUCGAUCAUUUUUUCUGUGAUGUUCCAGCCAUGCUGACUCUGGCUUGCAUGGACACCUGGGUCUAUGAGUACACGGUGUUUGUGAGCACCACUUUGUUCCUGGUGUUUCCUUUCAUCGGCAUUACUUGUUCCUAUGGCCGCGUUCUCCUCGCUGUGUACCGCAUUCCCUCCUCGGAAGGGAGGAAGAAGGCUUAUUCCACCUGCAGCACCCACCUCACGGUGGUGACUUUCUACUAUGCACCCUUUGCUUACACCUAUCUACGCCCACGAUCCUUUAGAUCUCCAACAGAAGACAAGGUUCUCGCUGUUUUCUAUACUAUCAUCACUCCCAUGCUCAACCCUGUCAUCUACAGUCUGAGGAACAAAGAAGUAAUAGGAGCUGUGAGAAGAAUUAGUCAGAGACUAUUCUCUGUGAAAAUAUAG